GGUGACGUACAGCUCCCUCCCUUCCGCCCCAUUGUUUCAGGUUUUGGUCAAAAGAUCGACAACACGCCACAUGUAACACUCGGAUUACACAUGCUGCGGAAUAACACUGACAUAGGGUAAAGGUGUGUGUGGGCACCACCCUCAGUGCUGCAGCAGGAUGGGGAUGUCACAGCAGUAGCAGUAGCGUUUUCUGUCCAGCUGUGUGUGUGUGAGCGGGGACCCUCCCCCCUCCUGCUCCAAGGACAGGACAUGUUUGAAGUGAAACCCCGGGCGGUGGAGAAGAAAGAGUCCAGCACUGAGACAGAUGAGGGUCUGGGCAGCAGCGGGAAGCGUUUCGGCUCGCUGGGCUCGGGUUCGGCCGACUCCGGCUCCGUCUACCUGUCGGACAGCCAGGACUGGGUGGUGUCCCCCAGCUGCUCGCCGGAUGAAGGCCCCGGCCAGCACAGCGCCAUCUCCCCCCUGCUGGCCGAGGAGACUUUCCGCUACAUGACGUAUCUUGCUUUGGAGCCCUCUUCUUAUUCCCACCCCGGCUCUCAGAGCCUCUCCAAAGUCCUCAGCGGGGAUCGUGUGGAGCAGAUGGCCAAGACGUACAAUGACAUCGAAGUGGUCUCACACCUUUUGGCCGAGCGGGACAGGGAUUUGGAGCUGGCAGCUCGGAUUGGUCAGUCUCUCCUGCAGAGGAACCACCUGCUGCAGGAACGCAACGAGGCGAUAGAGGAGCAGCUCGCUCAGGCCCUGGACCAGGUUCACCAGCUGCAGCAUGAGCUCGGUAAGAAGGACGAGCUGCUGCGGAUGGUGGCGAGCGCCUCGGAGGAGAGCGAGACCGACUCCAGCGUGUCCACGCCGCAGCGGCACCCUCAGCCGCUGGGGGGGACCACCGCCGCCGCAGCACUCAGCCAGCUGGAGUCUCUGCAGAGCAAGCUGCAGGAUCUGGAGGAGGAGAACCUGGCGCUGAGGUCUGAGGCCUGCCAGCUGAAGACCGACACCAUCACCUACGAGGAGAAGGAGCAGCAGCUCGUGAGCGACUGUGUGAAGGAGCUCCGUGAGUCCAACAGCCAGAUGGUGUCUCUGACGGACGAACUGUCGCAGAAGAACGAGGAGCUGCUCCGACACCAGGAGGAGAUCGCUCAGCUGCUCUCACAGAUCGUUGAGCUGCAGCACAGAGUGAAGGAGCUGGCUCUGGAGAAGGAGGAGCUGAGGAUCCACCUGCAGGCGUCUAAAGAGGCUCAGAGGCAGCUCACUGCAGAGCUGGAUGAGUUGGCCGACAGGAAUGCGGAGUGUGUGGAGAUGCUCCAUGAAUCUCAGGAGGAGAUCAGAGAGCUGCGCAGUAAAAACACUCCCUCUGCUGGGAUGAGGAGGCACCUCUCCUACGGCCUCUACCCCAUGGACUCUCUGGCAGCGGAGAUCGAGGGCACCAUGAGGAGAGAGCUGAGUGUCGAGGAGGAGACCGCCGUCCAGGACCAAAGAGUUUCCCAGAAGCGAGUUUUCCAAACAGUCCGCUCCAUCAACUCGUCGUCGCCGCGGCCGGCCUCAGCCAUCCCUCCCAUCCCCGGCUCAGGCCAGAGCUCUCUGGUGAUGACCGCUCAGCCCUUCCAGUCCACUCAGGGGGAGGAGGUGCGGAUCGGCCAGCCCGGCUGUCCAGGAGGAAACGACCUGACCAAAGCGCUCCACCGGCUGUCGCUGCGCCGGCAGAACUUCCUGUGCGAGCGACAGUUCUUCCAGGCGGAGCGGGAGAAGAAGCUGCAGGCGCUGUCGGGGGCGGAGGGAGACGGGGAGGGCAGCGGCUGCAGCACGCCGAUGGGCAGCGUGCUCUCCUCCUACUCCAACCUGUCAGAGCUCUCCUUCGGCUCCAGCGUCUUCAAGACCUUCCUGCCCGAGAAGCUGCAGAUCGUCAAACCCAUGGAAGGCUCGCUGACGCUGCAUCACUGGCAGCAGCUGGCCAAACCUCACCUGGCCACCAUCCUGGACCCCCACCCCGGGGUGGUGACCAAAGGUUUCCGCUCCCUGCCCCAGGACGCCAUCGACCAGGACGCCACGUACCGCCUGUCUGACAUGGAGGAGGACGAGGAGGACGAAGAGCACAGAGGAGUGCAGGAGAAAGGAGCGGCGGAGCGAGGAAAGGAAGAGGAGGACGAGGAAGAGGAGGAAGGAGGUAUCACCUUCAAGGUUCGCUACUCGUCUACACCGGAGGAGAGGAGAGACAGGAAGCAUUCGGUGUCCCCUCUCCCGGUCCCGCCCCUCUCUCCCGCCCUGUCGGCAUCACCAGCAACCCCCGCCACCUCCUCCUCCGUCAGAUCAGACCCCCGACUCCUCCCUGAGAAAUCCAUCCUCACAUCUCAGCCCAUUCCAGGAGCGUCAACAACUGUCGUCCAAACGAGUCAGAUGUGCAUCUCCACAUCAACGACAUCAUCGUCUGUCCAAAAUCCAGGGAAGUGUCAGAGCUCCACCUUCUCCACCUACACCUUCACCACCUGCUGCAUCCUGCACCCCAGUGACAUCACACAGGUCACCCCCAGUUCUCAGUCGUCCCUCAUGGCCAACACUCCCAGCUCCAUGAGGACCGGUCCCAGCACCCCCGUGACUCCCUGCAGACUGAGUCUGGGGGACUCCUUCCCCCCUCGCCGCCCCCCCGUGCACGCCAGCGGCCUGGCCAAGCUGGUCCUGGAGAGGGGCAUCUCUGCACAAGUCUCCACCGACACGCCUCCUCCGUCCCCGAAGCCCACUCCCCGCCAGCCCCUCUUCUGCCUCCUCCCCAGCACCCCCCCUAACUCCCCCUCCCACUCCCCCUCCCCGUCCCCGAUCCCCGUGGAGUCCCGCCACCACCCUGCUGACAAUUUCCUAGCCUCGCGCCCGGCAGAGCUUUUUCUCCAGGACGUUUACGGGUUGAAUCUGGGCCGCGCCCCUCAUCCCGACCUCCCCAGCCCCUCGCAGGGGACCCCCAACCGCGUCCCGUCCCCUAAGCUGGGCCGAGCCAGGCCCGACCUGGGCCUGCUGGAGCGGCUCCGGCGGCUGGGCUUCACCAAGGUGCUGCAGGGGGCGGAGUCGGAGGCGCCAGCGCCGCGCCAGGAUUCUGCUACGUUUGUGUCAACAGGUGGAGGGAGCCUGCUGGACGGCCUGAGGAGGAACCAGAGCCUCCCGGCCAUGAUCGGAGCCCGGGCGGGGAAGUCAGCACCUCCUCCUCACCCCACCACCCUGGCCCUCCCCCCUACUCCCUGGGGAAACCCCAAAGAGCGGCGCCGGCAGCUCGCCUCUGUCUCCCAUUUCCCGUCGAGUUCAACCAAACGUUGAGGUGGAACAAUUCUCCGUCACACCUCCAUCCUCCUCUUCCUCCUGGGGGAGAGGAGUCAGGGCAGAACUAUCCCUCCUUUCUAUGACUUAAUUUUAAAGCACAAUUUACCUAAACUGACUGUUUUUAGCUAUACCGCAGUGUCUAUGUGUAGAUGUUUGCCAUGAUGCUAGUAACGAGGCCUCCGACUGAGAUCUCCGCUCGCUUUCUCAGUCAUUAAUUAGGCUCCGUAGUUUGACUGGAUGUUCGGGUUAGAAAAGGUAACAAGAAAGUGGUCGAAGGUUUGUGGAAGUGGAUGAGAAAAGAGAGUUAAGACGAAGGUAGAAAAAGAAGGAGAAUAUGGUUUUUAGUUAUGUUGGAAGGGAAAGAAAGUGAAAAAGGAGCAUCCAGUGUUGCUACUCCAAGGGCUUGUUUUGUCGUGGGUUGGAAAAGCUUUAGUCUCUAGUAAACCAUGCUACAGUGAAUAGUUUAAGGUCAUCUCCAAAUAAUCAUGAAGGGAUUUUAUUAC